UUCAAUAUUGUUUAUUGUUAAGAUGCAAAAUCGACGUUAUCUACAGCUUUCAAUUUUGUUUAUAUUCUUAUUUUUCGUACACUUGCUUGUAAGGAUGUGAAUUGGUAAAUAAAGAAGUACCUACAUAGAUAAUACCUCAACGGGUGAAGUAAACAUAAAUCUUUUGUAGAUAUAUGAAGUUUAUCUACUUAACUGUUAUAGAAAUACAUUUCUUUCGGUUUUUAACAGACUUAAAAUUAAUUAAAGGCUGUAUUGUUUAAACACAGCUGUACUAUGUGGCCUAUAAAUAAAUAACUCUGUAAAUGUGCUUUGAGUUAUAAAAGAAUGAAAUCAUUCACUCACUUGACUUUAUAAUCUACGUAUCUUUAUAUUCAUUCGGUCAAUUCUAUCUGUCAAAGAAUGUCAUAAAAUACGUUAAUGUCACAUUGUUGUUUGAUUUUGAAAGUUGAAAUAAACUUUGUAAAAUUAAUUCCAUCUUGGUAAUGGUUUUGGUUAUACAAACUGUUUAAUUACGAAUUAGGAUUUUGUAAGUGUAAAUAAAAACUUAUUACCGAAAUGUCAAGAUGACUUCUGAAAUUGAGGCUAUAAAAACAAAUGAAUUUCUACGACGACGAAAGCUGAGACUUCAACAGGUCCGUGAGCAGUCGAAAGACAUUGCUAAGAAAAUAAGACAGCGCGCCAAGGUUGAAAAGAUACGGCAAGUUAGUGAUCUAGACGCGAAGAAACAGAAGGAAUAUUUUGAAUGUCAAGAUAAGCUCGUGAAGCAAUUGCAGGUGUUGUAUACUAGAGGGAUAGAAAAUGUAGGAGCGGGCCAUCAAAGUGCAUCUGAAAUAACAAAGCAAGAUGAGGUAACUAAGACUGAUGUGUCCAAGUUGCGUGGUAAGGAGGCUGCAGCAAUAUUAAGACGGAACAAACAAGAAAAACUAGAUCAGCAAAAGAAACUACUUGAUAGAAAAUUACAAGCGAGGGAAGUUGCUAAUGAAAUAAGCCGUGAUAAGUCAUCUUUGGUAGCUAAUAAGCUGCUAUCAAAAUCUUCAAAAGUCAAAGAUUGUAAUGACUUGGCUUCGAAGUUUGGGGAUUCCUCAGUGGUUGUAAGCUCCAAGUAUGACAAUAAGGUUACAGGGAAGGCUGAGAAUGAAAUUGAACCUGUGAAAACAAGUGAUAUGGCCACACAGUGGGACAUGGAGGCUAUACCGCAGGAAUGGGAGCCUGCCGUGCCGGAACUGUCAAUCCCCACAGACAAAGAUUCUCCCAAUGAUUUGGACGACAUUGGGAACAAAACUGAGAAAAACAAAAGACUAGAUUUGUUUGCCGUCAGUGAAGAGAUGCCAUCAAGUUUGCGAGGCAAUACUUUACUUGAUACAAGGGAACGAGAGCCCGGUAGACCUUCAUUGACAAUUGUUUCAGAAUACUUGCAGAACAGGAAAAUGCGCUUACGUGAAACAGAAUCAACUAACAUUAACAAGAAGUCUUCGGAUGAUAUGCAAAGCUUGAGACAGACAAUCUUACGCACCAGAACUUCUAAGCCUGAAGGUAGACCUUUUAAUGCAUGUCAAGUUGUUGAUGAACAGGUUGUGCCAGUGCCUGCUUGGCGAGCAGAAAGGCGGUGCCAACUCUGUUCUCACAAGGUUCAUUACCCUACACAAGCACCAAGCAGUGUAAUACAUAAACAAAACAGGCAGUUUAAAUCUGUCACUAAUUCCCGAAUUAACCAGAUUCUUACUUCCAUAAAUCCAAUGCAGCAGGCUGAUAUGAUGCCGAGUCCUGUGUUGCGAGGUACAAGCCCGUUUAGGAGGAGUAAAACUGGUCCCGGAAUUUGUUCCAAUAAAGGAGCUUGUUCUAGCGACAAAGUGAAGACAUCGCAAGAAGCUUGUGGGCUGCAGAGGAAGAGCUCCGUCAUGAUGUACAACCACUCCACCAGAGACACGCGGGACUUGCCUUAUGGUGAAGACAAAUUUGUGGUGAGAGACUUGCAGGCUGCAGAAGAUGCAUACUCGCAAGCCAUGAAGGAGGUCUCAGCCAUCGGCUCUAAAAGCAAAGAGCAAACUAAAAAGCAACAGGAUAUGAGGAAUAAGGUUGCAGUAACUAAACAAAACGUCGAAAAAGAAUAUAAAGACACCAUGAACUUUUUAAAUUCCUUGCCAAAAGAUAAGCAGAGUAAAACUAUUAAAAAUGCAUACAUGGAUGAACAUAGGCAACAAAUGCAGUAUGAAAAUCGCCAGCAAAAGAUGCAACAGGAAUACAAAAAAAUACAGAAAGAAUGUAAGAAACAUCAUUGUCAGAAAAACAGAAAUCUAUCAAAAUCUCCCUUAGGACGGGACUUGGAUGUUAAUUUCGUUAAUAGAGACUUUCAAUACUCUUGGAUGCCUGUCCCCGAGAGUGAUGGCAACCUCGCCGUCCACGCAAUACCUAACACAGUGAAACCGGUCAAACAUGGAAACAGCGUGAAGUUCAGCACAAUGGACAGCUACCACGAGUAUAGAUCUAGACACAAGCACACACCCCCUACUAAAGACACCAACCAGGACAACGCACCCAAGACAUCAGUAAUUAUAGAUAGGGACGACUCAGACUACACAGACAGCUCAUCCAUUACCUCAGACACGAGCUCUGUAGAAAAUCUAAGAAUUGGUCGCAAAAAGAAACGUAAAAACGCGAAAGAGAUUAACAAGGACCUAUCAGAUGCUGAGAGGAUCAUAAUAUACAAAGUACUUGAUUCAAAAUCUGAAAAGAAGACAAAAAGGCAGACGAAGCUUUUGAAUGAAAUUGCUAAAUCUCUGUCUUAUAUUGGCAAGACGCAGAAGACCGUCUGUGAUGAUGAUAGUCAGCAAUAUAAGAAGCUGGUCACAGAGGGGUCGAGCAAGAGUAUUGAAAAUGGCAUUUCAUUUGAACAACUUAAUGAAGGUGUCUACAAAAUGGUAGAGGAGCAAGGGGCAUCCUACAACAUGAUGAGUUGUUUCACUACUAACGUAGAAAUGUGGCACACGAACACGCCACAAAAGCCUUGGUGGGAUAAUGUAGCCUCAAUGUACUUCCACGAUCGACAAGAAUGCGACAAGGCUCCUGAAACGCAAUCAAACACGGAAAACAUAAAUAUUGAACCGUGCGCUUGUAAGAGCACUAGUAAAACGCCACAAACUGAUAAAGACACUUCGCAUUGUGAAAGCGGCGAUUCUCAACCACCGAAACCGACAAGUAACGAGGUUCAAGAUCCACCUCCCGGUGCCUCAAAGAAACAGCCGAACAAACCGUCCACAAUAUCAACGUGUUCGUACAAUACUGCCAUGAACGACAGAGCAAGUACAUCCGAAGGUGGGUACAUUAAACUAAUAGACGAAGCUGGGCAGGACGCCGGCAAGUUCUUCAUAGGACCUUCAACGUUUAUUAAUAACAAUGCUUACGAAGUAGUCAUACAACUUCGAAAGAAAGAUGGAACCAUUGAAGAGAAGAAAUUAGAUAGAGACACACUUUUUUUAAACAAACCGGCUGAAAGCGAAACUGAUAAUAGAACCGAGGUACAGAAUAUUUGUACUACAUCAAACAUUAUCGCAAAAGAUCCAGAGCCGGCUUCUAGUGAAGUCAUACACGACGACCUGGAUUAUAGAAGUGCAGGCGAUCAACAUUCCACCGCAGUACUCCUUCAACCUACUGUUUCAAACAAAUCUACCUCGUCUGAAAAGUCUCGUGCGCCAACUGAAAAUAUUGAAUCAUUCCACCAUGAGACUAAUACCGAGGCAGAUGAAGAAAUAUUUCUUGUACAUUCUGGUACAAACAAAAACAUGUGUGACAAAGGUGUUCACACACAAACAUCUGAUGACACAAAACAAGAUGGAAUGUCCAGGCCCGCAACAAGCACGUACACACAAACAAGCUUAAGUUCGCCCAUCCAUAGACCUGUGUUCUAUCACAUGAGCUCCUCGACAUCCACUGCCUAUAUGAGUCCCCCAGAAUUUAUCCUACCAAAGUUUCUUAAACCAGACUGCAUAAUGGCAGAAGAUGAACCACGUCAUACCGUUGAAUUGACUGCGAAAGAAUAUUGCGAAGAAUAUACUGACUGUUCAUGCAAGAAAUGCAUGCAAGCCAGGGACGUAAUACUACGCAAAAUUCCUGUACAAAAGCCCACCCUUGACAUUAAGACGAAAUAUGUGAACAAAAAUAUGAUGACACCUCCUAAUUCAACAAUUACGGUUUCUGAAAUAAGGCGUGAUGAUGUUGAAAGUCUGAAACAGAAGAAUAUACCUUGCAAAAGUUCAACAACUGACAGACCAAAAUGUUCACAUAAAACUCGAAGACAUGUUGAACCUGUCAAGAAACACUGUCACAAAAAUAAAAGAAAAUCUUCUGUUGAAAGUAUUCACUCGAUCACGACUCGCACCUCGACUGUACGCACCGGCGUCAACCCGACUUCAAUAAGUAGACAUAAACCUACAAAUGGCAGUAAGGACAAAAAAUCUGAUAAAUCCAACUUGAAUCCAAUAAUUAGAGACUACGUGAAUAAAUUACUAGCGCUCAAUAGAGACGGGUUGAAAGCUGUGGAAGUCGCGGAUCAGGAAUGCAGCUCUGUAGGUACUCCUGGGAGCUCCAUAAUUAAUGUUCCUUAUAAUAUAGAUAAAAAGAAAGACUCAUUACUGAAAACAAUUUCAUUGGAACAAAUAAAAUCGUUAUUAAAGAGGCAAAUCGUCCAGGAGGAAUUAACCAAAAAUUUUAAUUUUAUGCAAAAUUCGCUCGUGUAUUCAUUAGCCAACAACAAGAAUAGUACGAAAAGCUCGUCACGGCCACUCCGGAGGAAGCCUUUACACAAAGUUAAAUCUUUGAAUAUUUCAAGAAACUUGGCAAAGCGUAAAUCCAUGGAAGAAAGAAAAUCGAGUAAACCUGUUUUGCAGUCGUCCACUGAUGGCAACUUAAAAAGCCGAGUGGGUUUUCAUUCACCUAAAAAAGUACGAAGUAAAAGCUCUCCCACACCGAGACAAGUGAAUAAUCCGGAGCCAAUAUCUAAAUGUAAUACAAAUGAUUCUGAAUCUACCGCUAAAAAUUCAACUGGAACUGAAAAGUCCGAUGAUAAUUGUAAAAAAAAAUCCUUGAAUAACAAAUGUGUGCGGCCGCGUGGUAAAAAGUUGCCUUCUAAUAGAGCAACUUUAACUGAUUCGACAAUAGAAUCUGUAUCCGAAUCAACCGUAGACUAUCAACGUUAUCCAAACUCUGCAGACAUUCCUGUGAGCAUGUCUACUCAGACCACUAACAUGGAAUUAAACACUGAUAGUAACUUAAUGAAAUUGGCAGAAGACAAAUUACACAAUAUGGAGAAAAUCGCCGACUUGACUGAGAAAUGUACAAAAAGAUUAUCGGAUCUUGCUAAAGUUCUACAAGAGGUGCGGAAAAACAAGUCAUUGGUGUACAGCCAAAUCUCAUCGGCUGAAUCGACCGACUCGCAAGCUGACCAUAAAUCAGAGAAGUCCCCAGUCAGCCCUACUGCUUUUGAUUCCAACGAUAUUGCAAAAGAAAUAGUAACCCAAUUACCUGAUCCUGUAGAGGAAAAAGAAAAUGUCACAGGAAAUGAUAUACCACAACCAGAAUAUAUAGAAGUCUUGGCCGAUAUACCUAAACCGGCUAAAGCUCAAGAAUCGAAACCUCUUACACAAUUAAUCGAACCAUUCGAUUCGGCGUUACAGAUGCCUACUAAUACGACAGAACUGUUGGUUAAGAACAGACCCAAGCCUCCCCCGGCUUUAUCUCGCCUCAGUUUUAAACAUGGACAAGACUAUGUCAUCCCACAUGAACUAUCAACUGUUAUUGAAGUAGAUUCUCCUAUGAGUGUGAAACACAAAAAUCAUUCUGCUCGCAAUAAUGAUAAAGAAACGUCUAACAAUAAUUCAAACAGGUCGUCAGCAGGGGAAAAUAUUCCUGUAGAGGAUCACAGGAAAAAUAGAUCUAAAAAAGGAUCCAUCAUGAAUCCCGACCUGCUUCAAACAAAUUCUCAGUUAUCAAACAAGUAUAAAUUGUCGUCUACAGAGUCUUCCGAUGAAUCAAAAUUUCAAAUGAUUGAUCUUAAACAAUUUAAUGAGAUAAUGUUGGAGCCCUUUAUAAGUAUUCAAGAAUAUGCAAAGCAAUAUAACAUGGAACCACCAGAUGAGGGAUCUAAUCUAGAGGAAAUACAAAGAGAAGACCCUAUUAAUGACGACAUAAGUUCGUUGCAUUCCGAUGGUAGCUUACCUGAUGUCAUUGCAGAGUUACUCAAACGAAAUAUCAUUGCUGAACCGUUUAAGUUUGACACAGCUUCAAAUGUUAACUCGACUACCAUUUCCUCAGAAUCUACUUUAUCCAUGUUAGCUUUAUCUAAAGUACGCCGAGGCAGAAAGAAGCCCAGUGCUAUUUCCCAAAAUAAAGAAAAUAUCGGCGAAACAUCUGAUACACUAAGUAUUUCUUCAAAUCCUGAUCUAGAAAAUGCUUUUAAGAAACUUGGUAUGGGCUGGGCAUCAUCCACUUUGAAGAAGACAAAGGAACGAUUAGCUUUAUCAUCCUCAUCUAACACUUCAAGCUCUAGUUUAUCUCAAUUUAAAAUGAAAAGUUUCAAUCAGGACAUACCGGUUCUUGUAACAGAUUCGGUUUCAUCUGUAGUGAAUGUGUCCAAGGGAGUACAGAAUAUGAGUGCAAUUGAUUACUCCAAAAAUGCUGAACAACAAACCACAUUAUCAAACUCCAUGACUGUAAAAGAAUUUUUGAGGAAUGAAUUGGCGAAGAAAAUUACUUUUACAAAUAAAUCAAAUGCGAAUACUACGGACGAAUUUGUUUCGUUGUUUGAGACUAAAAUGCCUGAGGAAAUGAAAGAAAACUCUCGAGUAAAUCGCGACGAGCGCUCUAUGGAGAGCGCACCUAGCGGCGCUAAUAGAGCGCGGACAUCGACUCCGGUGCAGUUGUUCAAAUCAAUGACUUACCACUCUAGCUCCAGCUCUAAUGUGUCCAAUGGUUUAUUCAGUAAUGUUGAUGAUUUGUCCUCAGUCAAAAUGACGUCAAAUUCCAUGAAAAAUCAUUCCACAUCCGAUAAGGAUGAUUUGACCAUUCCUAACUUCAGUCUGAGACUGAAAAAGAGUUCAGACUGUAGUAAAAGUGAUUAAAAAAUUUUGUUUGUAAUAUAUUUAUUUAUCGAAAAAUAGAAUGAAAAUGUAUUUAUAAUGUAAUGAUGCUAUUUGGAUUAUGUAUAUUAUUUUAAUAAAUCAGAUAAGUCAAUUUUAAAA